CCUCCCCAGCCCGCUCCUCGCUCCUCGCCAACUCCGGGCCCAGCCGCGGGGGCGCACGGCGGGCGGACAGCAUGCUGAGCCUCCUCGUCUGGAUCCUCACUCUCUCCGACACUUUCUCCCAAGGGACCCAGACGCGCUUCAGCCAGGAGCCAGCCGAUCAGACCGUGGUGGCCGGACAGCGGGCCGUGCUCCCCUGCGUGCUGCUCAACUACUCGGGGAUCGUGCAAUGGACCAAGGACGGGCUGGCGCUGGGCAUGGGCCAGGGACUCAAAGCCUGGCCACGGUACCGGGUCGUGGGCUCCGCGGACGCCGGGCAGUACAACCUGGAGAUCACAGACGCUGAGCUCUCUGACGAUGCCUCUUACGAAUGCCAGGCCACGGAGGCCGCACUGCGCUCCCGGCGGGCCAAGCUCACCGUGCUCAUCCCCCCUGAGGACACCAGGAUUGAUGGAGGCCCCGUACUGCUGCUGCAAGCAGGCAUCCCCUACAACCUCACGUGCCGAGCCUUUAACGCCAAGCCUGCGGCGACCAUCAUCUGGUUCCGGGAUGGGACGCAGCAGGAGGGCGCUGUGGCCAGCACGGAGCUGCUGAAGGACGGGAAGAGGGAGACCACCGUCAGCCUGCUGCUCAUCAACCCCACAGACCUGGACAUCGGGCGUGUCUUCACCUGCCGAAGCAUGAACGAGGCCGCCCCCAGUGGCAGGGAGACCUCCAUUGAGCUUGAUGUGCACCACCCUCCCACGGUGACCCUGUCCAUCGAGCCACAGACGGUGCAGGAGGGCGAGCGUGUUGUCUUUACGUGCCAGGCCACAGCCAACCCUGAGAUCCUGGGCUACAGAUGGGCCAAGGGCGGCUUCUCCAUUGAAGAUGCCCAUGAGAGUCACUAUGAGACAAAUGUUGACUAUUCCUUCUUCACGGAGCCUGUGUCCUGUGAGGUUUACAACAAAGUGGGCAGCACCAAUGUCAGCACUUUAGUGAAUGUCCACUUCGCCCCCCGGAUUGUGGUUGACCCUAAACCUACGACUACGGACAUUGGCUCUGAUGUGACGCUCACCUGUGUCUGGGUUGGGAAUCCCCCCCUCACCCUCACCUGGACCAAAAAGGACUCCAACAUGGGGCCCAGGCCUCCUGGCUCCCCACCCGAGGCUGCUCUCUCUGCCCAGGUGCUGAGUAACAGCAACCAGCUGCUGCUGAAGUCGGUGACCCAGGCAGACGCCGGCACCUACACCUGCCGGGCCAUCGUGCCCCGCAUUGGAGUGGCCGAGCGGGAGGUGCCGCUCUACGUGAACGGGCCCCCCAUUAUCUCCAGCGAGGCCGUGCAGUACGCUGUCAGGGGAGACGGCGGCAAGGUGGAGUGUUUCAUCGGGAGCACACCUCCCCCAGACCGAAUUGCGUGGGCCUGGAAGGAGAACUUCCUGGAGGUGGGGACCCUGGAACGCUACACUGUGGAGAGGACCAACUCCGGCAGCGGGGUGCUGUCCACACUCACCAUCAACAACGUCAUGGAGGCCGACUUUCAGACCCACUAUAACUGCACUGCCUGGAACAGCUUCGGGCCGGGCACCGCCAUCAUCCAGCUGGAGGAGCGAGAGGUGCUGCCUGUGGGCAUCAUCGCCGGAGCCACCAUCGGCGCGGGCAUCCUGCUCACCUUCUCCUUCGUGGCCUUGGUGUUCUUCCUCUACCGGCGUCGCAAAGGCAGUCGCAAGGACGUGACCCUCAGGAAACUGGACAUCAAGGUGGAGACGGUGAACCGUGAGCCACUCACCAUGCACUCUGACCGGGAGGAUGACACCGCCAGCGUUUCCACAGCCACCCGCGUCAUGAAAGCCAUCUACUCAUCCUUCAAGGACGACGUGGACUUGAAGCAGGACCUGCGCUGUGACACCAUCGACACCCGGGAGGAGUAUGAAAUGAAGGACCCCACCAAUGGCUACUACAACGUGCGCGCCCACGAGGACCGGCCGUCCUCCCGGGCGGUGCUCUACGCGGACUACCGCGCCCCCGGCCCCGCCCGCUUCGACGGCCGCCCGUCCUCCCGCCUCUCGCACUCGAGCGGCUACGCGCAGCUCAGCACCUACAGCCGCGCGCCCGCCGCCGACUACCCCGAGCCCGCGGCCCCCGGCCCCGCCGCGCCCGCCGGCGCCGACACGGCCAGCCAGCUGUCCUACGAGAACUACAGCUCCCACCCCUUCCCCGGGGCGACGGGGUACCCCACCUACCGCCUGGGCUACCCCCAGGGCCCCCCCUCCGGCCUGGAGCGGACCCCCUUCGAGGCCUACGACCCCAUCGGCAAGUACGCCACGGCCACGCGCUUCUCCUACACGUCGCAGCACUCGGACUACGGCCAGCGCUUCCAGCAGCGCAUGCAGACGCACGUGUAGCCCGCGGGGACCGCGUCGCGGGGAAGGGGCGGGCGGGCGUCUCUGCGGGGCAGAGCAGACGCGGUUCCCUGAUAUUCAGGGGCGUUGCUCGUCGCUCCUGUCCCCGACCAGCCGUCCUCCUUCCGCCGUGGCAGGUGGGGGACAGGUCUCCCCCGAAACACCCACCCGAGGUGCUGCCCAGCCUCCUGGGCCCGCCCUUCCCUCUGCCGCGGGAGGGUGUGUCUCUGACCCGCCCCCAGGGGGUGGGGCCGGGGAGGGUGAAGGUUGUGGAGAGCGGAGGGGGCACUUUUUGGCAUUCCUAUCCCUCCCCAUCCCGCCCCUCUGGUCUCCCGGGCGGGCGGGCGUGCAGGGGGUUCCUGUGGGAGUGGUGGGCUCUGGCCUGGGGACAUGCAGUGGAGGGUGAGUGGCGCUGGCACAUAGAGGUGGAAGCAGGAUGGCCUGGCCCGUCCUCUGUCAUCUGCAUUUAUACCCCGUGUACC